AUGGACUGGGCGGCCUUCGUCUCAAACCCCCCAUGGCCAGAAUUGAGCCCGAGCCGCAGGAACGUCAAGCCAAUGUCGUUCUUGGAAACCCUGUCGUACGACGCUCCCGAUCCAUACGACGCUUCCAAUCCAUACGAGAGUACGCUCACCAGCAUCCUCGACACCGACUUUCCGCUCCAGUCCUCCCCGGCUCGACGGGGCGUACUCUCCCCGUCGCGGCGGGGCGUACACUCCCCAUCCCGGCGGGACGUACUCUCCCCAUCUCGGCGGGGCGUACUCUCCCCAUCUCGGCGGGCUGUACUCUCCCCAUCUCGACGGAGCGUACUCUCCCCAUCCCGGCGGGCUGUGCUCUCCCCUUCUCGACGGGGCGUGCUCAGCCGCAGUGGCAGUGGCAGGAGCGUUUUUGGGGACAGCAGGAGUGUUUUCAACGACAGCGUCAACGUCUUCGGUGACAGCACCAGCGUUUUCGGGGACAGCACCAACGUCUUCAACGAUAGCGCCAACGUCUUUGAUGAUAGCAGGAACCUCUUCGGCGACAGCAGGAACCUCUUCGGCGACAGCCUUGAGAAUUUCUCGAGUGGCCACCCGUAUGCGCCCAGCGACCGCACGGGCUCCGUGAGCGACGGCGAGCCCUACGACGCACCGGAGCAGACGGCGACGGUGCCCGGCUCCCCUGCUGAGGCGCGAUCGCUGCCCUGCGCCCCCGAGGCCGCGCGCGCGGGCGAGGAGGGACAGCAGCAGAAGGGGGAUGUGCAGCAGCAGAGCGCGGACGAGGAGCAAGGGCGUGCGGCCGGGGAGGGACAGGAGGAGAAGGGGCAUGUGCAGCAGCAGAGCGCAGAUGAGGAGGAUCAGGCGAAUGAGGGGCGCUCUUUCGCCGAAAUCGUCUCCCAGUUCUACCCUAUCUCACCCGGGCUCUUACUCCCGGAGCCCUCGCUUGCGUUCGUGCAUCCCUCGCCGUCGAUCUUGCCGCCCUUCCCGCGUAUCGACGCGCCAGCGCCGUCGUUCGUACUCCCCUCCCCGUCGAUCUUGCCUCCCUCGCCGCCGAUCUUGCUUCCCUCGCCGUCGAUCUUGCAUCCCUUGCCGUCGAUCUUGCCUCCCUCGCCGUCGAUCUUGCCUCCGUACCCGUCGAUCCUGCCUCCCUCCCCGUCCAUCGACGUGCCCGCGCGAGCCCAAUCCCCCGCCUCCGCGCUAGCAUCCCUCGCCCGGUUCUAUGGCUGCUUUCCAGACGCCGCGAACUCUGCGCCUUUGGAUGUGCCCUACCCUGCGGUUGGCGAUCAGCACUACCAUGCGCCUUGCGAACCGUCCUACCCUGCGAAUGUCGAUCAGCACUCCCUUGCUCCUUGCGACCAGCCCUACCCUGCGGCUUGCGAUUCGUCUUACCUUGCGAAUGGCGAUCCGUCUUACCCUGCGCCUUGCGAUCAGCCCUACCCCACGGCCUGUGAUCAGCCCUACCCUGCACCUUGCUAUCAGCCCACUCGCGUCGAGUACGCAGCCACACACCAGGAUACGGCUGUCCACCAUGAUGCUGCGAGUGACGUCGAGUACUAUAGAGGUGCGCGCGAUGGAGAUGGCACGGGAGGCGCACAGCCCAUCUCGCCGCGCGCAACAUCGACCGCGACCGUCACCGAGAACACCCAGACCAAGCCCCGCCGCAAGGCGAAGAAGUCCAAGGGGAGGGCGAGGGCUUCGGGCGACGAUGCCAUCGAGCAGACGGCGCCUCGUGCGACUGCGCCCCAUGCUCCAGCUGCCGCGUCUGCCUCUCACUUCGCCACGCCCGCCUUUCAUUCUAUCGCGUCUGCCUUUCAUUCUGCCUCGCCCGCCUCUCACUCCGCCGCGCGCGCCUCUCACUCCGCCGCGCACGACGACUCGCCCGAGUACGCCGAGGUGACCGCGCAGCGCCGCCAAGCCAAGAGAGCGAGGAAGGCGCGCGGGACGAAGGGGCGGGCGGUGAUCGACAGUGCAGUCGAUGCAGCGGCGGCCAUCGCGGCGAGCGCGCCUGUGCCUGUUUCCCAGCACUCCGCUCGUGGCCCGACUGCCGCCCGUAGCCCGACUGUCGCCCGUGGCCAGACUGUCGUCAAUGUCUCUGUGCAUGAACAAGCUGCUCCCACUGUCCGUGCUCGGGAGCCCGCGCCCGCGCAAGGCGUCACUCAAUCCCAGGUGGUGACCCCCAGUGCGCCUGCGCCUGCGAACGGUACUGGCAUGACUGCUGCUCCGAUGGCUUCUCGCGUCCCCAACGCGCUCCCUCCCGCGCAUGUGGUCCCCGCCGCGCUGUCUCCCGCCGCUGCUCCCUCUGCAGCUGCCUACGCUCCUCAAUCCGCCCUCACCAGCGCCUCAAUGGACGCAACAAUCAGCUCCCGCCCUUUGGUUCCUCCGGCCCCCGCUAGCCGUGGCGCCUGCACGCCGGCUAUGCUGUGGCAGGCUCUCCUGAAGGGAGAGCUUACCUCGGAGGAGAUGCAGGCGUACCUCCGGCCCGAUGUCAAGAAGCUGCCGAUCCUUGAAGGUGCGAGGGCGGACGUCCUGAGGUCUGUCACGCUCUCGGAAGGGGUGCCGGUGGCGCCGCCUUUCGUUAGGUCGUCCGGCAUAGGCGCGUCGUCUGCGACGUCGACCAACAACGUGCGCCAUGCCGCCGCCUCUUCGUCGUCGACCACCCUCAGCGCCUCCUCCGGGAACAUGCGCGCGGGCUCCAAGCGCAGUCACGACGACAUCGACUCCGAGGAUCCCAACACCGUGCGAUGUGAAUGGACGCAUUUCGUCAACGGCGCACCAAUUGGGCCCUGCACGCACCUCUACAACAAGCAAAGCUCCCGAGACACCUUGAAGAGCCACGUCCUGCAGCACAUGCACAUGAUGGAGCCCAACUUGUGCGACGGUAUAUAUUGCCAAUGGGCGCACCGGUGCCGCAGGCCGAAGGGCUACUGUGUCAAUCUCCGGGCGGUAGUCGACCAUAUCGUGGAGAUCAUCCUUGAUACCAACAAGUGUGCCAGGUACUAGGCGCUCGGAAGUGUGCAAACGCAUUGUGCAACGGACCACACGCUUUCGUUCCUUUCUUCUUCUCUUUUUUUAUCUUCCUCUCUCAGAGCCUUUUUCUCCGUUAUUCCAGCCAGCAUACUAUAGCAUAUGACGACCGCGCACAUCAUGUACUUACUGUUUGUUGUACGCUCACGUCUUCGCCACGGUCUUAAGGACCUCUGCACCACUACAUCCACCAUACCCAUCCCAUCUAUAUUUAUAUGUAUAUAUACUGGCCCGCCUUGUCCGCUCCGUAUCGCUACGUCUCUUAUAUCCACCGCUAUAGCCUCACCUAUGUAUUGCUGCGCUUCUGUCCAUGUAAGUCGUCUCCUCACCAUCUGUCUGUUGCUCUUAUCUCUUCCAUGUCUCGUUUGCUACCAUGUACCUAUCGUCGCUCACCGGACUUUGUUAUCGCGAGGAGGGGAAUAUCUGAUCUGUCGAAGCAAAUGAAUGCUAUAAUGUUCCGGAAAGGCG